CGCUGCCUGCGAAUAAUUCCCCCCCGGCCGCCCCCGUGCAGGCAAAGCGCUAGGACGGCCCCUGGGCUGGCCAGGAGGUCCUCGACGCGGGAGAGCGGUGUGAGGGGCGAUGCGGAGCCGGCCGGGACACUUCGUGGACGUGCGGCUGAAGCAGCGCGUUAAGCAGUAUCUUGCAAGUAGUAAAUGUGGCCAGUAUGUUGACAUUGGAAUUCUAGCAUCUGAUUUGCAGAAAACCUACAGUGCAGAAUAUGGACGAAGAAAAAGAAAUGCUUUUAGAAUACAAGUCGAAAAAGUGUUUGGAAUAAUCAGUAGUGAAAAAGAACGUGAAGAUUUAGCAGAUUUAGAAGCUGAACAUGUGGCAAAAAGAGCAAGACAACAAGAGAAAAACGAGACUAUGGGAAGUACCACAGAUGACUCUGAUGAUGAUGAUGAUUAUCCAGAAGGUCUAUCUACAAAUCACAUGAACAAUUCCCUGCUGGGCUUAUACAAGAAGGGAAAUCCCAAUUCUGUUCCAACCACACCAAAAAACGAACCCAUGGAAACUCCCCCUCCCAUGCGACCAGCACCUCAAACAAGCACCAUGUCAGCAGGAGCACGACUGGAAACGCGUCUCUCUGAGGGUGACUGGAUCAUCGAUAAAACUCCCAGCGGAAAAAACAUUUUCAUUGACCUUUCAGAGGAUGGAGAAGGAGAUGAAAAGAAAGCGAUUUCUGAGAAAUCAACAGAAUUUUCUGUCUUGGAGAGUGAAAGAAAAAAGACAAAGGGUAAGAAGGCAAAAAGAAAAAAAGAAGAAUUUCCAGAUGUAGAUGGAGAAAUUCGUUCUGUUCUACUUAAAGAGAAAGCCAGAAGUAAGGGGCCAGAGCUUUACCACCCUUCAGUGAAGUUUGAGGAUGUAGGAGGCAAUGAUGAAACUUUAAAGGAAAUAUGCAAGAUGCUCCUUCAUGUCCGUCAUCCCGAAGUCUAUAACCACUUGGGUGUGGUUCCACCUCGUGGUUUUCUUUUACACGGACCACCGGGAUGUGGAAAGACGCUGCUUGCACAGGCAAUUGCUGGGGAACUCGAGCUCCCGAUGCUGAAAGUGGCAGCGACUGAGAUGGUGUCUGGAGUGUCAGGGGAAUCUGAGCAGAAACUGAGAGAAUUGUUUGAGCAGGCUGUGUCCAGUGCACCGUGUGUCCUUUUCAUUGACGAAAUUGACGCGAUCACCCCCAAAAGAGAAGUGGCAUCGAAGGACAUGGAGCGCAGAAUUGUUGCUCAGUUCCUGACUUGCAUGGAUGAUUUGAAUAACGUGUCUGCCAGUACCCAGAUCCUUGUUAUUGGAGCAACUAACAGGCCUGACGCACUGGACCCUGCACUGAGGCGAGCAGGAAGAUUUGAUCGAGAAAUUUGUUUAGGGAUCCCAGAUGAAGAGGCGAGAGAGAAAAUUCUUCGAACUUUGUGUCGAAAACUGAAGCUCCCAGAGUCCUUUGAGUUUCAUGCUUUAGCACGGCUGACGCCGGGGUACGUAGGUGCUGAUCUGAUGGCACUUUGUCGUGAGGCAGCGAUGUGCACAGUGAACAGGGUCCUGAUAAAAUCUGAGAUGCAGAAAAGGAGACACUUGCAUGCUGGAGGAAACACAGAUGAAGAAAGCCUGGGAACAGAAACAGACAUCCUGGUGGAAGAGGAUACCAAACAGCUAGAACUUCCUCCUAAGGAUGAAUUGCAGAGACUUUUGGGUUUGCUCAAGAAGCAAGAGCCCUUGCCUGAGGAGCAGCUGCAGAAGCUGUGCAUCGAGAUGAAUGAUUUUAUUGUUGCAUUGUCAUCCGUGCAACCCUCUGCCAAGAGAGAAGGCUUUGUCACAAUUCCUGAUGUGACAUGGGCAGAUAUUGGAGCCCUGGAAGAUGUUCGAGAGGAGCUGACUAUGGCAAUAUUGGCACCUGUGCGUAACCCAGAGCAGUUCAAAGCUCUGGGCCUGACUACUCCAGCUGGUGUCCUGCUUACAGGGCCUCCUGGAUGUGGCAAAACACUAUUAGCAAAGGCUGUGGCAAAUGAGUCUGGACUGAACUUCAUAUCUGUGAAAGGUCCUGAGCUGCUAAAUAUGUAUGUUGGUGAAAGUGAACGUGCUGUACGUCAGGUAUUCCAGCGUGCCAGGAAUUCAGCCCCUUGUGUUAUAUUUUUUGAUGAAGUUGAUGCUCUGUGCCCUCGGAGGUCAGACCGUGAAUCAGGAGCCAGUGUCCGAGUCGUUAACCAGUUACUCACAGAGAUGGAUGGUCUGGAGAAUCGUCAGCAGGUUUUCAUUAUGGCUGCCACCAACAGGCCAGAUAUAAUUGACCCAGCUAUCCUGCGGCCUGGUAGGCUGGAUAAAACACUCUACGUGGGUUUACCACCACCUGAAGAUCGUCUUGCUAUUUUAAAGACCAUCACCAAAGAUGGCACCCGGCCUCCACUAGAUACUGACGUAAGCCUUGAAGAAAUUGCUUACAGUCAACGCUGUGAUUGUUAUACAGGGGCAGACCUUUCCGCUCUAGUGCGUGAGGCUUCAAUUUGUGCCUUGCGAGAGGAAAUAGCCCUGCAGAAUACUCCAAGCAAGAGAGGAGAAAUCAAGAUUUCCCAUAAACACUUUGAAGAAGCUUUCAGGAAAGUGAAAUCGUCAGUAUCAAAAAAGGAUCAAAUAAUGUAUGAAGAACUGCGUCAGUCACUGUGCAGGUGACAAUUCCCAAGAGAGAUGACUUCUGCAUUGGUGGAGGGGUUUCUAAUACCUGUGCCUGACUUCAAGAGAUGGGUUGGAAAGAUGCUGUACUACAAUAUUUCUCAUCUCCUUAAACUGUACCUGAAAAAUAACAUCAUCACUUCCAAAAUAAAAGAUACAAUACACACUUCCUGAUAAUCAGGAAGUGUGUAUUUUAAAAGUGA